AAACACACCGGGCCGGUCGGGGCCCCGCUCGCCGGCGGGAGCCACCGGAGCCCCGGCCACGAAGGGGUGCGACCCCCCGCCGGCCCCGCCCUCCCGGCUGCGGUCUGGCCAAUCAGAGCGGCUCUUACUGGCGGGUGGGCUGAGCCGGCCCAGCUGCUCGGAGGCUCUGGCAUGUCGGUUCCCGAUUCUGGUCCCCGGCCCCCAGCAGCGCCUGCCCCCUUCCCACCGGGGCCCCCCAUGAUGCCACCACCCUUCAUGCCCCCUCCAGGGAUCCCCCCACCCUUUCCUCCGAUGGGGCUUCCCCCCAUGAGUCAGAGACCACCAGCUAUCCCCCCCAUGCCACCUGGCAUCCUGCCCCCAAUGCUUCCACCAAUGGGGGCGCCACCACCACUCACACAGAUACCAGGAAUGGUACCUCCGAUGAUGCCAGGAAUGCUGAUGCCAGCGGUGCCUGUCACCGCAGCGACGGCUCCGGGUGCGGACACCGCCAGCUCUGCUGUAGCUGGGACAGGCCCUCCGAGGGCCCUAUGGAGUGAGCAUGUGGCCCCAGAUGGGCGCAUCUACUACUACAAUGCUGACGACAAGCAGUCCGUGUGGGAGAAGCCCAGCGUGCUCAAGUCCAAGGCAGAGCUGCUCCUGUCCCAAUGUCCCUGGAAAGAGUACAAGUCGGACACAGGCAAACCUUAUUACUAUAACAACCAGAGUAAAGAGUCUCGCUGGACCCGGCCCAAGGAUCUGGAUGACCUAGAGGCAGUUCUAGUCAAACAAGAGGCUGCAGGGAAACAGCAGCAGCAGCUGCCACAGACACUUCAGCCACAGCCACCUCAGCCACAGCCUGACCCCCCACCUGCACCUCCUGGCCCCACCCCAGUGCCCACAGGCCUCCUGGAACCUGAGCCAGGUGGGAGUGAAGAUUGUGAUGUGUCGGAGGCCACCCAGCCCCUGGAACAGGGGUUCCUGCAGCAGCUGGAGGAGGGCCCCAGCAGUUCUGGACAGCAUCAACCACAGCAGGAGGAGGAGGAAUCAAAGCCAGAACCAGAGAGGUCUGGCCUCAGUUGGAGCAACCGGGAGAAGGCAAAGCAGGCAUUCAAGGAACUGCUGAGGGACAAGGCUGUCCCCUCCAAUGCCUCAUGGGAACAGGCCAUGAAGAUGGUGGUCACCGACCCCCGUUACAGUGCCUUGCCUAAACUGAGUGAAAAAAAGCAGGCAUUCAAUGCCUACAAGGCGCAGCGGGAGAAGGAGGAGAAGGAGGAAGCCCGGCUAAGGGCCAAAGAGGCCAAGCAGACCCUGCAGCAUUUCCUGGAGCAGCAUGAACGCAUGACCUCCACCACCCGCUACCGGCGGGCAGAACAGACCUUUGGGGAGCUGGAGGUCUGGGCUGUGGUCCCUGAGAGGGAUCGAAAAGAGGUUUAUGAUGAUGUCCUCUUCUUCCUGGCCAAGAAGGAGAAGGAACAGGCCAAGCAGCUCCGGCGCCGUAAUAUCCAGGCCCUAAAGAGCAUCCUGGAUGGGAUGAGUAGUGUCAACUUCCAAACCACGUGGUCCCAGGCCCAGCAGUACCUCAUGGAUAACCCCAGCUUUGCUCAGGACCAUCAGCUGCAGAACAUGGACAAGGAAGAUGCACUGAUCUGUUUCGAGGAGCACAUCCGAGCUUUGGAGAGGGAAGAGGAGGAGGAACGGGAGCGGGCCCGGCUUCGGGAGCGACGCCAACAACGCAAGAAUCGGGAGGCCUUCCAGACCUUCCUGGACGAGCUGCAUGAGACAGGGCAGCUGCACUCUAUGUCCACCUGGAUGGAGCUAUAUCCAGCAGUCAGCACUGAUGUCCGCUUUGCCAACAUGCUGGGCCAGCCGGGCUCCACCCCUCUGGACUUGUUCAAGUUCUAUGUGGAGGAGUUGAAGGCACGAUUCCAUGAUGAAAAGAAGAUCAUUAAGGAUAUCCUUAAGGACCGGGGCUUCUGCGUGGAGGUGAACACAGCCUUUGAGGACUUCGCCCACGUCAUAAGCUUUGACAAGAGGGCUGCUGCACUGGACGCAGGCAACAUCAAGCUGACCUUCAAUAGUCUGCUGGAGAAAGCAGAGGCACGGGAGAGGGAACGGGAGAAGGAGGAGGCACGCAGGAUGCGGCGCAGGGAAGCUGCCUUUCGAAGCAUGCUGAGGCAGGCUGUGCCUGCUCUGGAGCUAGGCACUGCCUGGGAAGAGGUCCGUGAGCGUUUUGUGUGUGACUCAGCCUUUGAGCAGAUCACCCUGGAGUCGGAGCGGAUCCGGCUCUUCCGGGAGUUCCUACAGGUGCUGGAGCAGACUGAAUGCCAGCACCUCCACACCAAAGGCCGAAAGCAUGGCAGGAAAGGCAAGAAGCACCAUCGCAAGCGUUCCCACUCACCCUCAGGCUCUGAGUCAGAAGAAGAGGAGCUGCCCCCACCAUCUCUCCGGCCCCCCAAGCGGAGGAGGCGGAACCCCUCAGAGUCAGGCUCUGAGCCCUCUUCCUCACUUGAUUCAGUUGAAAGUGGGGGUGCUGCCCUUGGAGGACGGGGCUCCCCUUCCUCCCAUCUUCUUGGAGCAGAUCAUGGCCUUCGGAAAGCCAAGAAACCAAAAAAGAAAACUAAGAAGAGAAGACACAAGUCGAAUAGUCCUGAGAGUGAGACAGACCCUGAGGAGAAAGCUGGCAAGGAGAGCGAUGAGAAAGAACAAGAACAGGACAAGGACAGGGAGCUGCAGCAGGCAGAGCAUCCUAACCGUUCCCCAGGCUUUGGAAUCAAGAAGGAGAAGACAGGCUGGGACACGUCAGAAAGUGAGCUGAGUGAGGGUGAGCUGGAGAGGCGGCGGCGGACACUCCUACAGCAGCUGGACGAUCACCAGUGACCCAAUGAGCUGUUCUCUGCCUUGGGUCUGUGUGAGGCCAUGACUCCUGGGCCACCCUCACCGUCUGCCUCAGACUUCUUCCUUAGUCUGGUCUGUGUCCACUUUUUCUAAAGUAACCCCACCCCCAGCACACCAUUGUUGGCACCUCUCAAGGUUGCUCUUGGUGUUCAAGGGUCCCCUACUCCCUGGACUAGUGCAGUCCUUGCCCUCAGCCCCAGACCAGAGAUGGGUGGUAUAUGCCAUGUGGGGUGGGUGAUGCCAGUAGAUAAAAGUGUGAGAGAAGGGGUCUCCAGGGAAGAGUCACAGGCUGUUGGACACUGCCUGGGUGGCAGAGGGCAGGGUCAUCACUCUCUAGCAUCAGUGCCUGCUCCUGCCUGCCCUGGCCCUGAGGCUCCACCACUUCUUCCUCCACCCAGGACCUAAUGUACGUGUGUUUUGUUUUUUGUUUUUUAAAUAACAAUAUUUAUAACAUG